CUCCGGUUUGGUGAGCUGACGGGUGUUCGUUGAGCUGACAUUUGGCCAACUUCGUUAGUCUGUGCGACAGCGAUUCAAGUAAAAUAUAUCAGGAUGCUCGCCGACGACACUAACGCAUUGGUAUUUAGUAAAUCGAACGCCGUGAAGCAAAUUACGUCGGAAGAGGUUCGACAGAAUUUAGUAUGGAAAAACAUUUUUCGGCUAGGGUUUUUCCACGUGGGAUUUGUGUUUGCUUGUAGCUUCUACGGCUUUGGGCUAUCUGCUGUACCGAUAAAAUGGUUAACCGUUUUGUGGGCCGUGAUCAGCUGUUACGUAUCGGGACUAGGAAUAACCGCGGGAGUUCAUCGUCUUUGGAGCCACCGAGCCUACAAGGCAACCCUCGGCUUACGAAUCAUGUUGAUGCUAAUGUACUCCUCCGCUGGCCUGUACGGUAUAUUUUACUGGGUCAAGGAUCACAGAAUCCACCACAAGUAUUCCGAUACCGAUGCCGAUCCCCACAACGUGAAGCGAGGCUUCUUCUUCUCCCACAUUGGAUGGCUUAUGGUUGAAAGACAUCCCGAAUACCGUCGUCGACAAAAGGAAAUCGACUUGAGCGAUAUCAUCGCUGACCCAGUGGUCAUGUUCAAUAAGAAAUAUGAGAGAGAGCUGUUCAUCAUAUUUUGCAUCGCAAUUCCGGUGGCAGUACCCGUUAUAUUUUGGGGUGAAACGUUGCUACAUGCGAUUUUGACUCAAUGCUUCAUACGCUUUAUUUUCACACUUCAUUGUACUUUGAGCGUCAACAGUGUGGCACAUCUUUGGGGUUAUCGCCCGUACAACAGGGUGAUCAAGCCGGCAGAAAACCCCAUAGUUUCUUUGCUGGCAGUCGGUGAAGGCUUUCACAACUAUCACCACACGUUCCCCUGGGACUACAAGGCGUCCGAAUGGCCAUACUUGAGUUUGAAUUUCACUACAUUAUUAAUUCAUGCUUUAUGGAAAAUUGGAUGGGCGUAUGAUUUGCGAGAACCUUCACCCGCCCUCGUGCAAAAAGUUAUCCACGAAAUUGGUCAUAAACCUAACGCGUCAUACCUGAUUCAUUAACACGGUUAUAACCCAACCGUUCUCCGAAAUACAUAGGAAAUGUCGAAAAUGUUGUGGCAUUCGAUAAAGUGUACUAUAAUUUCAAAGUAGACGAGUUAAUCGCCUUAAGCCCAUUCAAGUAUUCGAGUUUCUAAAAAUUUCCUUCCCGGUUGGGGUAAACCAUCCGCAUUGUGCGCUAUUUUGUAUCGAUGGAUCGUUCCGUCGUGCGUCUCGCGUGCAAUAUUGAAUUCCGUUUUCAGAUACCGUUUUCGCAUUGUCUGUAGUCCCACCAGCGCCGUAUUUGACAUUGGUGAGUUUAGAAAAAACAAUUAUUUCUCUCCAAUAAAAUCCCUCAACCAAAUUCCCUUACACUUGAUGCAAUUGAAAAAAGUACUGUAGGCAAUCGUAAUGGAUCAGAGACAUCGUCGAAUUCCAUUAGUCGCGUCAAUGAAAGUAGUAACAGGUAUAUUAGAUUUGAAGUGAAUUAUACACUCAAACAAAAGUUUUUUCACGUCAAACUGAAAUCUUCUCCACAUCAUCAACUUUUUCCGUUGCUAUACAGUUGACCAGAGUAAUCUUUAAUUUGGAAUAAUAUUUUGUUUGCUUUACUUCAUUCAACACAAAUGAAUCAGCUCAUUGAUCCAACAACACAAUUGAUAACUAUGUGCAUUCUAUUGAGGUAUUUUUUUCAGAGGACAAUCUAUUACGUUGAAUAUAGAAGAAGCUUAUAUAUAUGUAUAUACGUACGUCGAAAAAAUUUCUGG